AUGGAGUCUGCAUCCUACAAUGCUGGCCCUGGCAUUCUGGGCCUCACUUGGGCAGCAACGGGUGUAGCAACCCUCAUCAUGCUCUUGAGGCUCAUUGCGAAGCAUCGUAUUCGCAACCUUUCUUGGGACGAUGCGACCAUGGUCUUUGCUUAUGCUCUGGCUAUUGCGUCUUCCAUCCUUAUCACGAUAGCAAUCUCUCACGGAUAUGGACGACAUGGUUACGAACUCGAUCGAACGGACCGUAUAUUGACUACAAAGCUCUACACGGUGUUUCAAUGCGUCACGAUCGUCAGCACGGGCACAGGAAGGGUCGCUUUCGUGUUAUAUUUAAUUCCCAUUUUCCGACACAAAUAUCUCACUGGACAUCUACUGUGGCUCAUAUUCGCCCUUCAACUCAUCGCCAAUUACGUCAGUCCAGUGACUAUUCUGGCCCGGUGCUCUGAUAUUCGCGCUAUCUGGGAUGUUAGUGUGAAGAGCAAAUGCUGGAAUCCAAAUAUUCUGAUCAUAUAUAGCUAUGUGCAGUGCACUAUUAAUACAGCCACCGACCUUUACCUCGCAAUAUUCCCCGCAUACACCUUGUGGAGUCUAAACCUCAAACGACGGACAAAGACAAUCCUCAUCAUUCUGAUGAGCCUGGGGCUCAUCGCCAUGGUAGGAUCAAUCAUGCGGAUCAUUAAUCUCCCCUCCCUCUCCAUCAUCGACGAUGAAUCGGCUGCAACGAACCGGUUGACCAUCUGGGCCUUGCUAGAAUGCUACUUGGUCAUCACGACAGCAUCUAUUCCCUGUAUUCGGACUUUAGUGCGGGAUUCUGUACGACUGCUAGUUAACAGCAGUCGAUCACGGUCGCAACGCGAGGCAGAUAGUAGGAGGACAAGGCAGAACACCUGGGGCGAUUAUCACAUCUCGCGCAGUUACCGUGUAGCUGUGGGUGAUGAUGUCGAGGACAGGCGGCAUAUUCUGGGUGAUGUUGAGUUAGGACGAUACGGUCGUAAUGGGAUAAGCAAGUUGGUUGAAGUGACUGUUGCGGAGGAGUCGAUUCCGAAAUGGAUAUAA